UGUGCAACAGGUAGUCAGGUAAACUGCUGACAUUGGCAACCAAGCUUUUGUUUAACAUGAAAUCGGGCUAUACAGCAGGAAUAAUCAUGAAGGCAUUCUCAGUUGCAAUUUUUCUUCUUCUGUUCAUGGAUCAGACAGCAAAUGGGCGCUCAGAUAAAACUACUGUAAUUAAAACUCUGGGGGCGAAUAUUCUACUUCCGUGUUGGAACACUGCGAUGAACGUGACUCCCUCCUUCACGCGAUGGAUGCAGAAUGGACAGGUUAUCAUUGUCCGGAAAUCAUUCCACAAUUCUAACACCUUCAAGUGAAGGGCACCUGACGAUAAUGUACAAUCAAAGCUUGUACAUCAAUGGACUAGCUUUAUCAGAUGAGGGGAUAUAUCUUUGUGAUUCCUUACCCCAUGACAACAACACUCAAUCAAGUCUGACAUUGCAAAUAGUCAGUGGUCCUGGCAAUGGCAUCACAGACAUCCACCCAGCCACAACCCUUUCCAAUGGAACCCUCAUCGCCCACAGGGGUUCCACGGUGUUGUUCAACUGCUCCAGCUGGUCCUAUCCCUCCCAGCGUCUGUCCUGGGGUUUUCAGGGUGUGGCAUCAAGAAAUGACUCCCUGACAGCGGGCAGUGGGUCCUGGCUGGACUUCAGGAUAGAGGACAUCCAACCCACAGCUCAGGGGAACUACAUAUGUAGAGCCCAGAACUCAGUUUCCCAGAAGGAAGUUGGCUGGAGCAAAGAGCUGCUUGUAUACUAUUCCCCAGAGAAGCACCCGGAGUGUCAGUGGAAUAUUGGGAAGGACCCGUCCCUUGUCCAGUUUAACUGCAGCUGGUUUGGAGGCUACCCCUCUCCCACAUUACUCUGGGGGGAGAAACAUCAAGUACCAUUGAGCCAGGGGAACCAGGUGGCUGGACAGCUGAUGGAGUCGGAGGUGACAGACCGUCUAGUGGUAAAUCUGAACAGGUCGUUGUUGUUCGAGGGGCAGACGCUGAAGUGUGAUGGGCAUCAUCCUAUGAUUAGUACUGAAGACGAGAAGUUCUGCUCCUUCACGCUCAAGUCUCCCUAUCCGGAAGGGGAACCACUGGUCACAGCUCUCGAAGGCACCAACAUCACAUUAACCUGUAAAGAGUCCAACUCCCUGCCUCCAGCCCUCACCACCUGGCAGAGGACGGUACAGCAGGAGGACGUGGUACCCAGCCCCAAGUAUGUCCUGUCAGGACAGGGCCCCACCUUCACCCUCACCAUAGUCAACAUCACCAAGCAGGACGAGGGCCUCUACUUCUGCAGGAGCGAGAACCCACUGAUGGUCCGCGAGCUAGAGAUCUAUUUAACAGUUAAAACCUCAUCUCAAUACACUGGAGCAAUCAUUGGGAUAUUCCUAGCCAUUUUGAUCGUAGGAUCUGGGAUUGUUAUCGCUAAAACAGUAUAUUCCAGCCGUGACCGAAUUUGCCUGGGUAAUGGAUUUGAGCGAAUGGAGGAGGACAGGGAAGAUGUGUUGAGCCUGGUAGAGUCCGAUGAAGAGGUGUUUCCUGAAGCAGUACCCAGACUGCCACCUCUAUCUCUGACUAACGGACACAACACUACUACACUUGUACAAAUACAUCGAAUCUCAUCCAAUGACCAUGAAGAUGAAGAAAUUGUUGAACAUCCAUUACAGCUAGAACAUACAGAUAUGGAAGAACUUGUCACAUUUUAGGUGUUGGAAGAUUGUUUUAAUGUAAUGUUUUAAAGAAUAUCAAAGAUAACAUUUUACUACC